AUGCGGCCAGACCUCAAGGUGGAGGGCCCCAUCCAGUACGACGCCGCCAUCGACCCCAAGGUGGCGGCGGUGAAGAUCAAGACGCACAGCGAGGUGGCGGGGCGGGCCAACGUUUUCGUGUUCCCUGACCUCAACACGGGCAACAACACCUACAAGGCGGUGCAGCAGGCCACCGGCGCCAUCGCCAUGGGGCCCGUCAUGCAGGGCCUGUCCAAGCCGGUCAACGACCUGAGCCGCGGCUGCACCGUUGCUGACAUCAUCAACACAGUGUGCGUCACCAGCGUGCAGGCCAUGCAGGCAAAGCAGGGCGCCGGGGCCGCCAAGAGCGCCGCCGCGGCCGCGGCCGCCGCGGGGGUGCCGCAGGCGGCCGCGGCGGCGGCGUGA